AUGAGCUGUGGAAAAGGCGGGGAAACAGGGCGGGCGCGCAGCGAGGCGGCGGCGGCGGUGGCAGGGGGAGGCGGCAGUGGGGCCGCUACCGCCUCCGUGUACUCCAAGGGCCUGCUGUCGGAGAUCCUGGACUUUGUAAUGGGCACGGGCCUCAUCCCCGCAGACGGGGAGGUGUGGAAGACACGGCGGCGCGCGGUGGUGCCCGCGCUCCACAAGAAGUACGUGGCCUCCAUGGUCGGCAUGUUUGGGGACUGCGCGCUGCACGGGGCAGGUGGGGAGGCAGCUGGUUUCGGGGUUUAG